AAGUGUGGCCUAGGCCUAACAAAAUCGCAGGCUAAUAAUAAACGCCCUGAGUAAUGAGUGGUGUGGGCCAGGGCAGGCAGGAGGCUGGAGCCGUUGGCGCAGGAGAGUGGGUUGGAGGCCAGGUGUGGCUAUGGCAUUCUGCCCCAAAGAGCAGUAUUGGGACUCCUCGAGGAAAACCUGCGUCUCCUGUACAUUGACCUGCGGCCAGAGGGGCCAUCGCACCUGUACAGACUUCUGCAAAUUAUUCAGUUGCCGAAAAGAGCAAGACAAGUACUACGACCAUCUCCUGGGGGCCUGUGUCAGCUGUGACUCCACCUGUUCACAGCACCCUCUGCAGUGUGCACAAUUCUGUGAGCACAGAAGCCAGGUGAACCUCCAGCUUGAGCUCAGGAGACCACAGGCCGGGGAGGUGGAAGUCAGGACAGAUAACUCAGGAAGGCUCCAGGGAUCAGAGCAUGGUCCAGGAUUGAGGCUAAACAGCGAGCAGCUGACUCUCUACUGCACACUGGGGGUCUGCCUCUGUGCCAUCUUCUGCUGUUUCUUGGUGGUCUUGGCCUCCUUCCUCAGGCGUAGAGGAGAGCCACUUCCCAGCCAGCCUGUCGGGCAGCGUGGGUCACAAGCAAACACUCCCCAUGCCCACCGCCCCGUGACAGAGACUCGAAACGAAGUGGCCGCGUCACCCCAGCCUGUUGAAACGUGUAGCUUCUGCUUCCCAGAGCGCAGCUCGCCCACUCAGGAGAGCGCGCAGCGCUCGCUCGGGACACAUGGCUUCGCGGGCACUGCUGCCCCGCAGCCCUGUAUGCGCGCAUCGGUUGGCGGCCUGGGUGUCUUGCGCACACCCAUUGGGGACACGCGUCCUGGAGCUUGAUAGCCAGAAAAAUAAAAAGACAAUUUAGCUGAUGGAGUGACAGAGGGGGAAAGGGAUGGAGAAGAGUCGAAUGACACGAGAAAGGAAGCCUAGCUGCAUCCACGCAGAGCAAUAAAGCAACUGCCCGCAGCGCCCACGUCCUCAGCACCGCCUGUGCUGCUGUGUCUAUACUUUCCAGAGCAGUCAACCUGUGCUUUUUCUCUUUAGUCAAGAAAGACGGAGAAUAGCCAGCAUGUAGAGCAGUACCCUUACAAUUCUUACAAACUAGUGGUCUUUCCUACGACCUUAGGCAGAUAGCCGAGUGCAGUGUGGAUGUAUUUGUGAUUUAAUUUGUAUGUGUAUGUGCAGAUGCUGGUUUGUGUCAUGUGUGCAUGUAUACAUGAGUUGUGUGUACAUGUGCACCUAUAUGUGUGUGUGUGUGUGUGAAUUCCGUGCAUGCAGAUGUGUGUGUACAUAUGUGUCUGGCUGAUGUGGUAUAGCCAGGAAGAUAGGGGCCUCUCUAGAAGACUAAACAUCUAACAAACAAACAACAAAAAAAACCCUGAUGGGUGUUACCUGGACUUCAGCAAGAAUAUAUUCAACUACAUCCACUUUUCAUGAGCACCUAUGAUUAAUUUUUUAAGCUACAUUUAAACCUCCAGGUGCACGAAAAUACCCUCAGAAGCAUUUCCCAGCAAGCUGAAGUGUGGAACUGUAAACGUCAUCCUUAUCACCCAGGCAGGCUUACGAAACCCAAAGGUCACACGACAGGUGUCCCUGUCCUCACCAUUCAUAGCUAGUAGGUGGCCGAGGGAGAAGACGUCUGCACAGAAUAACUCUGAUAUUAGUCCUAAUAACACAGAGUGUCUGUACACAGGGUUUGGUUGUCUGCAGUCAUGGUGCCUGCAGAGUCGGCUCUUCCUGAGGCCACUCUUCUUCCUCUUAUAGUUCAUGUUAUGAUCUGCCUAAUAGCUUUAGUUUGAUUUCUCUCUAAAGAAUCCAUCUCUGAAUAAGGCCACAUUUGACGCACUAAGGGUUAGGGAUUUUAGUGUAAGUUUUGGGGGACAAACUCAACCCACAGUGGAGGCCUUGUGAGACCAUCACUGUUUUAACUUUGUUGAAAAGUUGCCACCUAACAAGUUCUUGUCCACGAUGUGUUGAGCCAACCGACAUUGUCCCCAUGAUCAACUUCCUUCAACAGGACUGCUAGAAAGACCCUGGCUCCUGCUGCGGACAUGCGCUGGUUGUGGGCUGAGGAAUAUCACCAGUGCAUGCACAGAGAGACUCCAGUGCUCAGCCUGUAUGAACCUAUUUUUAGUCUUUAAGAUCUGUAGUUUUAAAAUUCUGCUCAUCUAAACCCAAGGGACUGAAAACACAAGAUGUUUCUAGAACCAGGGUAGGGGCACCAAGAACAUAGGGUGCAGAGUCCAGCCUCAGCUUCAGAGUCAUGAGAAUUCUUUAUUAGAUAUUUGCUUUAUUUACAUUUCAAAUGGUAUAUCCCCUUUCCUUGAUACCCCUCCAAAAACCCCCUAUCCCAUCCCCUCUCCCCCUGCUCCCCCCCCAUCAUGAGGAUUUUUGGUCAGCUUUUCCAAGGGUCAUUUGUGUAAAUUUUGUCUUUUACUUUGUGAAGAAUGGGCUUUUUUGCCAAUUUUACCUUGUGUUGGGUCAGCCUGUAGAAUACAGCCUUACUCCAUCUGCAUUGUCCCCUUAAAUUGUUUUUAUUAGUAUAUAUUAGUUGAAUAAAACAAUUUUUGCUGCAGCGUUUUACAAA